UCUCUGCUUCUCCGCUGCUUCACUCAUACCUUUGUAUACUUUUAUAUAUAAAUUAUUUAGCAGAGUGAGUGGGAGGGAGAACGGACGGGAGACAUCGUCGGAGGUGGGAAUCGUUUGUAUCAGCUUCUUUUAUCGUCAUCGGAAAGACUUUGUCAGAGGUAAUUGGAUACUGAAGCUUGAGAUGGCUGCUACUGCAACUGCAUCUUCUACUGGUCCACGUUAUGCACCAGAGGAUCCCACCCUUCCCAAACCUUGGAAAGGCCUAGUUGAUGGUAAGACUGGAUAUCUCUAUUUUUGGAAUCCAGAGACCAAUACUACCCAAUACGAGAAGCCUGUUGCUACUCCUCAUGUGGGUGCUGCACAACAUAAAUCCUCUGUAUCUGUAAGUUCAUCAGUUGAGAGGCCUUCUCAAAGUCAAUGUUCUGACCAUGGUGACAACAGAGGUACCAAUGGUGCCUUGAGCAAACUUUCCUCUGGAGAGGGUAUUCAGACUGCAAGAGCAAAUGAGCUUUCCCGCGAUGAAACAUCUGCGCCUAAAGGUUAUAGUGCUUCAGCUGCCGCGAGUGACAUAUCUCCAGAUGCCUAUCGCCGUCAGCAUGAAAUUUCUGUCUCAGGAGGUGAUGUGCCCCCACCUUUCACAUCGUUUGAAGCUACUGGGUUUCCUUCAGAGAUUUUGAGGGAGAUACAUCAAGCUGGGUUUCCUGCUCCUUCCCCAAUACAGGCACAGUCCUGGCCCAUUGCACUUCAGGGCCGUGACAUAGUAGCUGUUGCAAAGACUGGGUCUGGAAAAACUCUAGGUUUCUUGCUUCCUGGCUUUAUUCUUCUAAAGCAACGUCGGAGUAAUCCUCAAUCAGGCCCUACUAUUUUGGUUCUCUCGCCAACAAGAGAAUUAGCCACACAGAUACAAGAUGAAGCUGUGAAGUUUGGUAGAUCUUCAAAGAUUUCUUGCACGUGUUUAUAUGGAGGCGCCCCAAAAGGCCCUCAGCUACGAGAUCUGGAUAGGGGAGUUGAUAUUGUUGUUGCUACCCCUGGUCGAUUGAAUGAUAUUUUGGAGAUGAGAAGAGUUAGGCUGGAUCAAGUUUCUUACUUGGUGUUAGAUGAAGCGGAUCGUAUGCUGGACAUGGGAUUCGAACCUCAGAUAAGGAAGAUUGUGAAGGAGGUGCCUACGCGACGGCAGACACUGAUGUACACAGCAACAUGGCCUAAGGAGGUCCGUAGAAUUGCAGCUGAUCUAUUGGUUAAUCCAGUUCAGGUUAACAUUGGGAAUGUUGAUGAGCUUGUUGCGAACAAGUCUAUUACACAGUACAUUGAAGUCUUGUCAUAUAUGGAUAAACAAAAGCGUCUAGACCAGAUCUUGAGAUCCCAAGAGCCUGGAUCAAAAAUCAUUAUCUUCUGUUCAACUAAGAAAAUGUGUGACCAACUUGCUCGCAAUCUUACACACCCAUUUGGAGCUGCUGCUAUUCAUGGUGAUAAAUCUCAGGGUGAGAGGGAUCAUGUACUGAGCCAGUUCCGCACUGGCAAGUCCCCCGUUCUUGUUGCAACUGAUGUUGCUGCUCGGGGCUUGGAUGUCAAAGAUAUCAGGGUGGUGGUCAACUAUGAUUUUCCAACUGGUAUAGAGGACUAUGUCCACAGAAUAGGAAGAACUGGUCGGGCUGGUGCGACUGGUGAGGCCUACACAUUUUUUGUUGACCAGGAUGCUAAACAUGCUUCAGAUCUUAUUAAAGUUUUAGAAGGAGCAAAUCAGCAAGUGCCUACUGAACUACGUGAUAUGGCUUCUCGAGGAGGUGGUAUGGGGAGGGCUAGGCGUCAAUGGGAUUCUGGCUCAGGUGGACGGGAAGGAGGACAUGGGGGACGUUAUGAUGCUGGCUACGGUGGACGAGAUGGAGCAAGGGGUGGUUGGGAAGCCCCUUCAUCAGAAAGAAGUGGACGUGUUUAUGACUCGGAUUCACGUGACAGAGAUAGACAUGGUCAUGGCUCUGAUGCUCCAGCUAGUUUCCAUGGUCGAAGCUUCCAUGAAACUAUGAUGCAGGGUUCACAGAGACGUGAUAGAAGUAGGAGCAGAAGCCCUAAUAGAGGUUCUGGAUGGGGUGACAGAAAAGGCAGGGAGCGAAGUCGUAGCCGUAGUGCUGAAAGAUCUGAGCGGACUCGUAUUCAAGUUCCAGUAGGUGGCAGUUUCCAUGAAGCCAUGAUGGGCUUCACUAGAUCAUCAGCUGGUGAUUCCCGAAAGGACUGGGAAAAAGAAAGAUCCCAAGGUGAUGGGAAAUCUGGCGAUGGACCCCGUGCUAACAAUUGGGAGGAGUAAGAAGGUAAAGGAGAGCCUGUGUUGAUUUUUGAUGUGUUGUAGGAAAUGCUGGAAGAAAAAGGGGUCAUUUUUGUUAAACUUUAACCACUACAUGUUUUGGCAAACAGUGUUCUCGGAUAGAAGAAGCUUUUAGCGUAUUACUGGAAAUAGAUAGCUGAAAAUCUGCAAAUGGGAAGUUUUUGACGGAUGUAAAUGUAAAGUAUUUUACCGUCAAACUUUGUUUAAUGGAAUCAGCCCACUUCUAAGUGUUGAGCAAAUUUCUCUA